CUUCGUCCAGCCCAGGGGGGUAACCGCCCGCGCGGAGAAGUCGGCUGCCCCGCACGACCCUCGCCUGUGCGCUCGCGUGGCCGUUCGCCUGCAGCAGCAGUGUUUGUCCGCCCGGACUUCGUAGGCAGGGCCGGCAAGCCCGUAGUCGAGCCAGAAAACGCGCGCGCAGCCGGCCGCGGCGGCGCUGUUUGCUUACUCCGGCAACCGUCGACGCAGCCACCGACUCCCAAUGUGGCCAGCAGAACGCUGCGCGGUCAGCGAGAGCUGGCUCGUUUUUCUUCCGCGCCGAGUGGGUGGAGGGGAGGCACGCCACCCUGCCUGUUUCGUAACGGCCCCCCUUUGCAAGCGAGAGCGAAGAUGGACAGUGGGCUGUCGCGAGCCGGGCUGACGCUGCUGCUGUUGUUGCUGCCGCUGCUGCUGCCCGCCACUUUCCAAUGACGAUCUACAGCAGGGGAGAGCGGCGCCCACCUUGCCCGAGGGACAGUAUACGAACAGGAGGCGCCGUGGAGAGCAGCGCUCGCAUCCGUCGUCCCGGAGCCCUGGAGUCCCGCGGGAUGCGGCGCAGGGAUGCGGGACCAAGAUGGGAGGAGGAUGCGGAGGAGGAACCGAGACGGGGACGCCGUCCAACAUGGCGCCGGGCCGGAGGAGGCCCCUGCGAAGAGCGGAGAGAGAAGCCAGCCGAGGGAGAAGAGCCUGGCGUCCCGAAAUGUCGCCCACUGCCGGCUUCGUUCAGAGGACGAUCCUCCCGGACCACGGACAACUUACGUAAAUGGAUCACCGAAGCUUAGGCAUCGCUGCAGAGGUUCAUGCUGUUCGUGAGUUUUGUGCUUCUUUAGCGCGUUGCCCGACCCAUACAGUGCAAUAAAGUUACUCAGGGGAAUAUUUUUCACUUAUUUCAUCGUCUUUUGGGGAAUGUAUAUUCUCCCGAUUAAAAGUGUGCUGUCAUCCUUGG